UGUAUGUAUAGUAUAGUUUCUGGAUCCUAAACUUCCUCACUCUUUGUGACCUUCCAGUUCUGAUAACAGAAACAGGACACUCUUAAACCCAACAUAUAGAUCGUCAAACAUUUCUGAAGAAGAAAAUACAAUGGCACUACAACCUCAAGGAAAAGGUGGCAAUUUAGAGCAGUUUCAGAAGGAUUUCCUGUCUGCACAUAAUGCUUAUCGCAAGCUACAUGGCUCGCCUCCUCUUCAGCUAAGCAGGGAACUCUGUACUUCAGCACAAAAAUGGGCAGAGCAUCUGGUGUCUCUCGGAAUUCCAAAGCACAGCGACACUGAAAACGGAGAAAACAUUUACUACAAGUCCAUCUCCAAAGGGGAAAUACCAGGUGGACUGCCUGUGGAUAAAUGGUACAGUGAGAUUAAGAACUAUAACUUCAGCCAGCCCGGAUCUGGGGAUAAUAUAGGUCACUUCACCCAGGUGGUCUGGAAGGACAGCAAAGAGCUGGGAGUUGGAUUAGGCACCGAUAGCAAAGGGCAUUUCUAUGUUGUUGGACAAUACAACCCAGGAGGAAACGAAGACGGGGGUUAUGAGAAGAAUGUUUUACCCUCCGGCACAGCUUAACUACAAAUAAUGCCAUACAUAAAGCAAGGUCAAAACCAGCAGCAGCCAUCAGAGAGCCAGAUAAACCUGUAAAUGACCGUAAAUGAGUCUCUGGUAUUAAAUUAGGAAAUCUGCAGCUAGACUUUCAUUGUAAUAUUAAAAUUAAAUAUGGCUCCCGGAUUGUAGGAGCCUAGUUUAUAUUUACUUAAUAGCGUACUGCAGUAUCUUUAUUUUUGAUAUUAGUUACCCUCACAGAAUAUUUCAAUAUCAUCAAAUUUAUAGAGUUAAGGUUUAAGUGUUUUUAACCAUGUAGCUGGCAUGACUUUUUGCUUAUUUAAUAAAGAAUUGGACUGAA